AAACCUUUUUUGCUUUCCUGACAACAUGUUUAUGUAUUAGUUAAAUUUUUGUAUUGUAAUACUAAAGUUUACUCUUUUCCAUUCAAAACUGCUGUUGUCGAAAUAAAAAUCAAAUCAAAUCAAAUCAUCAGAAUCGUGUAUUGGUUGUGUUAUUAGCGUAAGAAAUAUAUUAGUGAUGUUACUUUUUUGAAACAAUGGUAUGCAAAUUAAAAUUGAUUCAUUUUUUCUUUUUUCUUUUUGUAGGCUAAUGGUCAAUUAUUAAAUAUUAAUCAAAUUGAAAAUACAACCGUUAAAAAGUUAGCAGAACGAUAUUGACAAUGACAAUAUUCAGAAUAUUUAGUAUUAUUUGAUCCAGAUCGAACAAGAGGUAGAGAUGUAUAGUGUUCAAAUGAUGAAAUCUAUAUUUAAACAACUUUGUCUCAAGAUAUAAUCAUCUUAUGUUUUUAACUGUGUUUCUUUUUCUCUCAUUCAUUGCAGAUGUCCCAGGUUUAAGUAACAUCAGGUGAGUAUACAUUGGAACAUAAUCAAUCACAAUCGCCAAAUGGUCAACAACAACCCGUUGAAACAGAAAAAUUUGCUCGUAUUCUAUUAAAAUUGCCUGAUGUACGUUUAAUUGGUAAUGAUUUGAAAAUAUUAUUACAAUUUUUUGAUAGAAAAACUGAUGGUAAAAUAUUAGAUGCAUGUUUAUUAGCUGAAAUAUUAAAUCCACCGUGUGAGAAAUAUGAAAUUGUUUCACAUUUAAAAUCCAGAGAAUUAGUUGUAAAAAAAGACUUUUUCAAUGGAAUUAAACCAAAUGAGUUUUCUGUUUAUGAUAGAAGCGGAAAAAAUUUAAAAUACCGUAUAGAUACAAAAUGGUUUAAAAUACAUUCAAUUACAAUAGCAGCAAAACCAUCUAAUGAAGAAAUAGCUACUACAGAAGUAAAAUUAAGAUGGUUUUCAUAUGCAGCCGAUUUUCGUAUAUUAGAUAACGGUGUGUGGAAAAAUGGUACUAUACAUACAACUAAAGGUGCAUAUGAAAUCAAUUAUGAUCAAAAAGUUAUCGUACUAUUAGGUGAUACACAUGACAGGAGUUUGAUUUGGAAAGAUGUUAAUACAGGCAAAGUAUAUGGUAAAAUACGUAGACGUGCAAGAUCAUUAAUUUUACCAAAUGUUUAUGAAUUGUUUAUGACAGAUGAUUUUCCUGAAGCGUUUUAUCUUAUUGGUACAGCUAUUGUUGGUGGAUUUAGCAGCAAGAGACAGUACGGUUGA